CCAUGAAGUUACAGUAAGUGCGACACUUUUUAGCAACAACGAAAAGACGUGCCGGUACUGCGUACACUUGAGUACCCCCUGGGAAGCACAGGUAGGAACUUCCUCUUUUAUACGACAAGAGGUUAGGCAUUCGAUAUCUCGGAUCCAACGUCUGAAGUGUAUCAGUUUUCAAGAGGGUCCUUAUCCCCUUUGAACCUGUUGCUUUUUAAAAAGAUGCCUUUGUUUAAAACUAGCCUCCUUUCUUUUCAUAUGCAAAGGAGGAAUAUAACAAUGAUCUCCCAUCAGCUGCUUCCGUUUGUCUGUGGAGCGGCUAUAUUCACCAUUCAUGCCUUUUUACGAAUAUGCUCGCAAAGACAUUCUUCUGCAGUCUGCAUAUAACUAAACUCGCGCCCAGGUAUUAUUGCCCACAGUUUAUAAUUGUUUCGGAAAAUAUAUAUUUUUUAUUGGGGAGAAAACCCUGAAAUGGGAAGGAAGACUCACGAGUCACCUUAACAUGGAAAUAUAGAGAUCACUGAGUUUAAGGGAAAACUGGACCUGCAAUUUACCUGCAAGAUUCCAGCGCCCAGUGCGCCCGGACCCAAAGGAUUAUGGGAGCUGUAGUCCAAAGCCCCGCGAACGGGGGAAAAGAGGCGGGGCGGGGCGCCGAAGCUCUCGCGAGACUUGGGGUGGGGUUCCUCACCGCCUCACCUGAGGGAAGCCGCUCAGUCCUUCCCGGGCAGCGGCAGAGAGCGGGUGUCAGGCGGACGACGAAGAAAUGUCGGCCCCAGGCUCUCCGUCGUCUCUGGGGCCCCGCUGGGCCCCGACCCACGUCCAGGUGACGGUGCUCCAGGCGCGGGGGCUUCGCUCCAAGGCCAAGGGCGGCGGCGGCGGCGGCGGCGGGAGCGACGCGUACGCGGUGAUGGCGCUGGGCAAGGAGAAGUUCGCCACGUCGGUGGCCGAGCGCUGCCUGGGCUCUCCCGUGUGGCGGGAGGAGGCCACCUUCGAGCUGCCGCCGCCGCCCCGGAGGAGCCUGUCGGCGGGGGGGCCUCCGCUCUCGGCCGGGCCCACGGCCGUGCUGCAGCUCACCGUCCUCCACCGCGCCCUGCUCGGCCUCGACAAGUUCCUGGGCCGCGCCGAGAUCAGCCUGGCCGAGCUGCACUCCGAGGGCGGCCGCCGAAGCACACGGUGAGGGGAGAGCGAGCGAGCGAGCGAGGGGCCUCCCGUGGAGCUCCCGCUGCCAGGGGCAGUCUACCUGCUGAGGCGCGGGGCGCAUGCGCGGAGGGAGGGAGGGAGGGGGCUGGUGCCAGGCGCUGCGCAGAGAGAUCUCCUAAAUAUGACCCGUUGCAUCUGAUUUUCGCUCCUUCUUUAUUUAGGGAGUCAUAGCAGGACUUCUGAAGGAAUGCGGAUAAGGGCAUGCUUUAACUUCGAAGGAGAGAGAGGAAAUGCGCCAGAGUGUUGUGGUCAGUGUAGGAUUAGCCGGGUUCAUUGGGCUUCCUCUUGAUAUGCGGCCAAAUUAGGUAUUUCUGAAGGUGUCACAUCCCGCCGCGCACCCAACCCCCCGAAGUUUGCUUCUGUUCUUGGCCGCACACCUUCCCAGCUAAGAUGGGCCAAAAUCUAGUUUUGCCGCCUUUCGACUCUGGUCAAUCGGUUUUGUAAAAGGUAAUGUGAUCAAUAGGAACACAAACGGGGAGAUAGACGCUUUGACAGGUGAAAUCCGACUUAAAUAUGACGAUUUCAAUUACUCGUUUGUUGAUCAGUGUUUUGUAUAUUAAUGGAUUGUAAUUUUGGCAACAUAAGUAGUAUCACUAUAUUCACUCCUCAGUGGCACUCUUGAAAAAAUUAAUUUCAAUUCUAUGCUCCAGUUCUGGGUUGAAACUUGUUGGGCACAAUAAUAUAUUUUUUUUACCUGUUGUGCAUCUGGUGGCUUCCUUUCCUGGUGCACUUGUUGUGUGUGCCAGAUAUGUGACUAAAGAAUAGCAUCAAUUAGUAUGAUCAUAUAUGUAGUACUUUGUCGAGUUCCAGUUGCUGCAUUUUAAGGAGGAGAAAGACUGUGAUGCAGAAGGUGGAGCAGAUUUGUUCUAUGUUACUCCAGAUGACAGAUGUAAAUGCAAUGACUGAAAACUUUUAAGUAAGAUGGUUUUGACUUUACGUUAGGAGAAACUUCUUAAGUGUAUGAGUAGUUCAAAGGCGGAUCAGACGGCCUUGGGAAGUGGUGGGAUCUCCUCCUAUGAAGGUUUGUAAGCAAUGGCUAGAUGCCCGUUUGCUUAGGAAGCUGUGUAUUUGCAAGAUUCCUGCACUGAAUCCGUUGGGCACUGGACUAGAUGACAUCCAAGGUCCCUUACUACUCUAUAGUUCUGUUUGAAGAUGUUGACUUCCUGCUGACUAAAUGGCAUUUCCAGGUUCAGAGGCAAUUUACCUAUGUAUGUCAGAGGCUCACGGUCCACAUGUCCAAACAGGUGUCAAACAGCACGCUGCAUGAUAAUUAUUCAUCUCAGCUGUUUAUCUGACAGCAGCAAAAGCUAAGCUCUUAACAGGAUGGAUCAUGGAAUAAAAAUGCCACUUUUAGCAAAGAUUCCACUGUUGUCCAUAGAGUUUACAGGGAGACCACGGGCGAGUCACACUCAGUCUAAUCAAUCUCAAGGGUUGUUGUGAGAAUGAAAUGGGAUGGGGAAAUGAGAACUAUGUAUGUCACUCAUACAUAGUUAUUUGAAGUAAGGGUGGGGCAAAAAUGCAAUAAGCAAACAUUGCAAGCAGAGGCGGGAUCAAACUUUUAAAAACACUUUAUUAAAACUUGAAAUAAACAGCAGUAUAAUGUGCUACACCAUAAUAUAAAGAGUUGGUGUGGUGUAAAGGUUAGUGCCAGACUAGGACCUAGGAGACCAUGGUUCAAGUGACCGCUCAGCCAUGAAGCUCACUGACUGACCUUGGCUCUCAGUCUAACAUAGGGUUGUUAUGGGGAUUAAAUGAGGAGGGGUAGAAUCACGUAUGCCAUCUUGAGCCCUUUGGAGAAGAAGGUGGGCUAUUAAACAAGCAAGCAAGCUUUGAAGAACUUGUAAAGUAUCCUGUUGAUAGCUUUCCUGAGCAGAGUCCUGCUGGAUCAUGGUAGUUGGCAUACUUAAUUUUAUUCCAUUGUUGUAAACUUCCCUAACAACCUACUUUUAGCUAAAGGGAAGAAUAAACAUCUAUUAAAUAAAAUAAUUUGUAUCCUGCUCUAGAUAGUGGUUAUCUCAAUGCAUCCAGGAAACAUGCAAGCAGGGUGUGGAACCGCCAGUUCUUCCUCAGUUUGCUGCCUUGGCAACUGAUAUUCAGUGGUAUUAAUGCUUGUGAACAUGGAAGUUCCAUUAAGUUGUCAAGGCGAGUAGCUGAUACAAAUUUAGUUAAUUCCUUUGGAAGAUGGACCCUAGUUUAGGAGGCUCUAUAAUCGUGAAUCCCCUAAAUGUUGGCAUCUUUGUCUUCUCCUUAAAUCUUGGUUUGCAGCGGACUGAGCAGUGGGUGCUCUUUAGAGAUGUUGGUUACCAGGAUUCAGUGAAAUAAAAUAAAAAGCUGGUUAGAAUUUAACACUUUUAUAUUUUGGAGGUUAUUGGGUCUUGUUCUAUAAAAUAUUAACUCAGUUUGAUAUGGAAAAAGGGAUUGGCUGAAUCAAGGCUAGAAACUAACUGUUAGCACCACAGCGGAAUUUGAUAAAUUGGACUCUUUCUGAUUACUCCUCCAGUCAAAAUACUAACUGGAUGGCAAUUAAUAGUGAGGAGGAAGUGAGAGAAAAGGGAAAUAAACACUAAACAAACAUCAUGGGACAAGGUAGGAGUGGUGAGGUUACUAGGACUUGACACUUCCCUAUUUCAAAGAAAUACUCUAAAGAACCGAGGCUAGAUCCAAGAGGAAUGAAACCCACACCACCCACUCAAAGGAGUAUUGGCCAGGAUAUUCAGGGCACUUCCUUAGCACUGCUAUACAACUUUUAUAACAUAUUUCCCCAUAUAUAGCUGGCCAUUGUUUGUAGAAAACAUCCCCUCCCCAUACUUUUGUAUUGAGAUGUUGUAUUGUACUUUUACAAUAAUAAUAAUAAUACAGUGGUACCUCGCAAGACGAAUGCCUCGCAAGACGGAAAACUCGCAAAACGAAAGGGUUUUUGGUUUUUUGAGUUGCUUCUCAAGACGAUUUUCCCUAUGGGCUUGCUUCACAAGACGGAAACGUCUUGCAAGUUUGUUUCCUUUUUCUUAAAACCGUUAAUACAGUUGCGACUUGACUUCGAGGAGCAACUCAUAGCACGCUGGUGUUGUAGCCUUUUUGAGGUUUUUGAAGACUUUGGUGAUUUUUGAAGCUUUUCCAAAACUUUUCCGACACCGUGCCUCGCAAGACGAAAAAAACCGCAAGACGAAAAAACUCGCAGAAUGAAUUAAUUUCGUCUUGCGAGGCACCACUGUAAUAAUAUAUCAAUCAAUCAAUCAAUCAAUCAAUCAUCCCACUACAAAAAAGGUGCCUAGACAUUCCUUUGUGGCAACUGUAACCAAGGUUUAUUGUGCCAUUUGGUGACUGGCUUAUAUAUCUGAGUUUCUAACACUAGUUUAAAAAAUAAAAAAGGUAAACGACCCCUGACAGUUAAGUCCAGUCAUGGAUGACUCUGGGGUUGCGGCGCUCAUCUCGCUUUACAGGCCCAGGAAAGCGGCGUUGUCUGCUGACAGUUUUUCCGGGUCAUGUGGCCAGCAUGACUAAUAAUAAUAAUAUUUUUUAUAUAUAUACCCUGCCCUCCCCAGCAAAGACUGGGCUCAGGGCGGCUAACAACCAAUAAUAAAAACAAGUUGAUUAAAAUACAAUUUAAAAGAUUAAGAUAUAACAUUAAAACAUUAGGAUGCAGCUUCUUCACAGGAGGAGAAAGGAAAAAGAAAGAGGGGGAGGGAAUCAAACGGAUUCUAAGCCAAAGGCCAGGUGGAACAACUCUGUCUUAAAGGGCCUGCGGAAAGAAAUCAGAUCCCGCAGGGCCCUGGUCUCAUUAGACUGAGCAUUCCACCAGGCCGGAGCCAGUGUUGAGAAGGCCCUGGCUCUGGUUGAGGCUAAUCUAACUUCCUUAGGGUGUUAGACUAAAUUGACUAAAACUCAUGAUCAGUUAAGUUUUCUUUAAUAGGUUGAUAGCCCUUGGGAUUUCACACCUACCCAGUUAUGCUUCAUAUUGUGCCAUUUUAUGUUGCUUGCUUUUACUUAAAGAGUUGUAUUCUCAGUGACUAAAUCUUAUAAGGUUUAAACCAGUGAGUAAGAAUUAAAAAAAAUCUGCUUAGCAUUUUUAUAUAGUUUAAAUAGCCUCAUGUACACUUUCUUGUUGUUCUUUACAAACAAGCCUGUAAUGCAGAUUAGUAUUAUUCCCAUCCUGACUUGUGUAAUAUAACCACUUUGUGAGUUCAUUACAAAAGCAAUAUUCAAUCCAGGUUCCUAGGUAGCUUUUUAGCCACAUUGUGCUAUUCAAGCAAUUUAUCUAGUACUGUCAGGUGAGCUGUUGUGGACAUAGCUCUAUUGGUCAGCAAUGAUAUUUGAGUUUCACAUCUGAAGAGCAAUAGAUUCAAAUAUAAAUACUGAUAAAAUAAAUAAUGUGGUAUAGUAAUUUUCCACUGAUGCCUGCUUCCAUAGCUAUUGUAGAACAAACCCUGCCCUUAAAAUGUGUAUGUGCACCUUGAUUCUUGGCUAUCUGUGUUAAGAGUACAAAAAGCAACAUUUCGUAAGAAUGCAUAAUACCCUUCUGUUUGGCAAAUAUAUUUUUAGAAUGAGCUAAACAUCCUAGUUUUUAAAACUGUAAGUCACAGUGUAUUACAAAAACAGUGUUUGUAAAGAACUCUUUUAAAAGUGUCUUACUGUGAAUAAUGGCAGCUCUCAUACUCAAAUAUUUAACGUAACAAGUCCAGCAGGCUUACCAAGUUUACUUUGGCAGUCUUGACUGCUUUAUACAGCCAUGAUAAGUAUUCAAAGUAUGUUAGAAACAAAUGUCUUGUUCAUAACACUUUAUUGUUAGAAUAAACAGCACAAGUCAGAGUUGAAGCACUUUAUUAGUUUUACAGAUGAAAAUUGGGGCUUCAAGGUUUAUGUCGGAAUCUAUCAAUUAAGAGGUAGCUCACUAAUCAACACCGCACCCUUAACAUGUGGACAGACAAUGCAAAGAUGCAAUUCAGACCAGUUAAUAUUUUUUCGUCUGAAGGCAGGGAGAUCUGAAAUUUGGAUGAAACUGUUGCUAGAUCUCAAGACUGGAUGCUUAUUCGUAAAACAGAAACAUGUCACUGUGCUGAAAGAAUUAGAUGUCAAUGAGAUUAUUUCUGACAGGCCUUUUCCCUGAUGUGGUAGUACUGUAUGUGCUUUUGUUUUGUUUUUUUAAGGGUAAUCUUGUAGCCAUGCAAUAACUUCCUGUAGUUUGCCUAGAAAUAGUUUCACCAUGUUAUCCGCUGUUUUAGGAAAUUAGGCCAAAUGAUGAGCUUUUAAAAUGUGAAUAUAGAAAAUCACUCACUUGUGUUCUAGUGCUUUACCUCCUCUAGUUCUUCUCUUUUGUUUCCUUUCCUGUUUUGAUAUGUAUGCUUUUAAGGCAUGCAAUUUCCUGAAAAUAUUGUCAGAAAAUUCCAUAUUUUGGGAGAAAUUGCAUGCUUUUGUACAUAAGCUGCUGUUUCUGUUCUAAAACUUUCCUGGUAAUGACUUUCUCGUUUUCUCUCUUUCUAGCUCUGUAUCCUCUCCUGUAUCCAGCUCCGUUCAAGACUGUUCUGCAGAAUUUGUCUUGGUUCAUGUUGUGCCUUUCAGGGAGUAAAAAGGUUAGACAAUCUAAGAUGGCAUGCAUCUUGGGUUUUAGUGCAGAAACAGAGUUCCUCUGACUGUUGAUACCUUUUAUGCAGAUGUCUUCAUGGCAUAACCUUAAAUGGAGAGGAAGCUGUUUGGCAAUGGACAAGGUCAUGCUGUGGAGCUGUUAUACCAUAACUCAUGAACUAGUAAGGCCUGCUGAUGUUGCAUGAUACCAGAGCAUAACAGCACAGGUCAGGUGGAGCUGUUAAGCGAUCAUGGGACUCAGCUUAGUAGCAGAGCCUUUCCUGUGUCUUGCUGCAAAAUUAUAUGAAUAUUUGGGGGAACCCAUUGCCCUGAACAAUGGAUAAAUUUACAGUACAAAAUCAACCCUUUCCUGGCAUGGUUCUCAUUGUUCCUCUGGGGGAGGCCCCAGAAAGCAAUUCUGGAGAAACACUUGUUUUUUUUGCUUAUAAUUAUUACAUGAUUGUAAUCCCCUUUAUUGAACCACACUUCCAAGGACUUAACUGAGAACCAUGAAGCUCUAGACAAAGUCUGUAAAUAUGUGACACAUGACACACUUAAUCUAGCUUUGAAGUCCUGUGACAGAAAAGGUGAAAUUGAAAUAUAGGUAACUCGCAAUGUUUAUUUUACCUACGUGAUUGCUGAUUUGGGCCAGGGGGUGGAGCAGAACAAACAAAUAAAUGGAGAGUGGAGGAAACAUUACAGAGCAACAUCCUAGAGCCCUCGGGCUGCCUGCCGAGAACCAGGUAAGCGCGACACCUGGUUCUGAGGGUUCCUGGCUCUACGCGAUUUUGCUUUUAUGUGCAAUGGCCAGGAAUGUAACCACUGCAUAAGAUGCGAGUUAGCUGUAAUUAUAUCUUCUGUUAGUACAGGCAUAGGCAAACGGCUCUCCAGAUGUUUUGGGAUGACAGCUCCCAUCAUUCCUAGCUAACAGGACCAGUGGUGAGGGAUGAUGGGAGUUGUAGUCCCAAAACAUCUGGAGGGCUGAGUUUGCCUAUGCCUGUGUUAGUAGGUCUGUGAAUAUUCACUUGGAUGAGAAAACAAACUUUUUCUAGACAUCUUGGGAAAAUGCCCAACAUACUGGUAGCAUGCCGGCUACCAGUUUCUUACCACAGAUCUGUAAAGACCCUCUGUUCCAGGAGUGACGUCCUUAGCAUUUUAGAAAUCUUUGCAUGAUGCUUCCAGAGUAACUAUUUCUGAGACUCAUGUGGUAAUAUGGAUAAAUUAUUUCAUAACAGCAUGUUCUCCUUUUAAAAUAGGCUAUUUGUUCUCUUCUCUUGCUCUUCCCCUUUACUUUUUCUUUUUUCUUUCUUUUACGAAAAUGGACUUUGCUGGCUAAAUGCCACUAAUAUCAGUCUACAGACCUAUCUGGCAUUUUGCUUACAUGGAGAAGCUGACUCUGUUUAGCUUGAACUGAAAAUUAACUAUUUUAUACGUAACGCACCCUGAGACCUUGUGGGAAAAGGGUGGGUAGGAAAUAUUUAAGCCCCUGAUGCUGAACCUUUGCUGUUCUUUAUUUAUACAGAUGGUACAAGCUUCACUCCAAACCAGGAAAGAAGGAAAAAGAGAGAGGUGAGAUUGAGGUGGAUAUCCAAUUCAUGAGGAGCAACAUGACAGCCAGCAUGUUUGAUCUGUCCAUGAAAGAUAAGUCACGGACACCAUUUGGCAAGCUGAAAGACAAGCUAAAGGGGAAACGAGGCAAUGGAUUGCCAGACACAGCUUCAGCUAUUGUUCCUAGCAUUAGUCACUCCCCGGCUGACAGUGAGGAAGAGUCAAAUGAGAAAGAAAAGAAAAAAUCAAAGUUCAAGACCUUAUUCUCCAAACCUGGUUUACAGAAAAGCAACCUCUCUCAGUCCAUGUCUGUGUUACCUUCUCUCCAACCGGUUACAGAGAGAGUUCGACUUAAUCCCAGUGACUUUUCAUCGCGGUGGAGUGAUAGUGAUGAUGACACUUUAACUCCUGUUUCAGAGAGUAAGUAUUGUCUAUUGAAAAGAGAAUAAAUUUCUCAUAUGUUUUAACAGUUGUGUAAUUUACAAAGUGUGCUAAGUAGUAAAAUGUGCCAUUUCUUCAUAAUAGUUGAAGCUGGACUUCUUGUAUUAUUUAAAGACAGUGCUUGGAAGCUGUGAAGAAACAGAAGUGUUUUCAUGAUUGUGCCUAAUAGUUGUAAAUGAGUAGGAUGCAGGUGGGUCUCAGUGGUCCCCAACCUCAGUGUACUGCUGUUGUUAAGAGCCAUCAGUUGAUCUAGGGCUGGAUUAGGUAUUAGUAUUUUCAAUAGUAUUGGGACUUGUUCUUUCACUAUUCUGAUGCUGAUUUCUUUCUUUUCAGAACCCUCCGCAAAUGAAGAUAACCUGCUUUAUCCACCUUCCACCAAGUCUCAUAAGAGAACAGGUAGUGCAGAUAACAAGCAACUAAACCAAAUCUCCUCCAGUAACACCAAGAAGGAUGUACAUUCUUUAUUUGGUGGACUGAAGUCCAAAAGUGACCCCACUUCCCGGUCCAAUGUGUGUAUCAAUGGCAGUCAUGUUUACAUGGAGGAGCGUGACCCCAAAAGUGAUACUCUUCCAAAAGACAGCACUCAAUCUUCCCCUCAGAUAUCCCAGCGAAAACGGCUCUUUUUGUCCCAGGAGAACUUAUCUUCUGAACCCAGUAAGGAACCUGAAAUGACAGGAAGACUACCUUCUGACAAAGGACCACCAGGGUCUUCUUCACUGGAGUCCUUUAAAGCCAUGACUCUACCAUCAUACAAGUUGCUGAGUGCUGGGGAUAUGCCAGAAAGCAACACUCCAGUUAUUUCAGACACUCCAAAAGAAACCAAAGAGAACAAAAAGCAGGAGAACAAGAAAUCUGGCUUGCUGUCUCUUAUGACAGGGAAAAAAGAAGCUAAAGUUAGUGAGGAAGUAGAGAGCAACGCAGACACCACUCCGAAGGUGAAGGAAGUAAAACGUAAUGAAAAAGAGUUGGCCAAGAAAGAAGCAAAUCCUUUUGAAGUCCCUGUGGAUAACAGAAGAGGUCAUAGCUCAGAUAAGAGCGGCACUGCGGAUCUCCGAAUCACAAAGACAUCCUUGAACCCUUUUGACGAAAACAUCUCAGCAGAAGAGAAGCCAGAAAAAAACUCAGCUUCUGUGAAACCAUCUCAGACCAAACCCGUCAAACCCAGGUUAGUCUUGAGAAAUGAUCUUUUCAAUUGAAUUUUGAGAUCUUGAGAUGCUUUAAGGCUAUUGCCACCCAGUGGUUUUCAUUGUAUGUCAUAGAAAAUAUCUACUUUACAGGGUGAGUAAGAACUUUCCUCCUGAUAGGGCAGGCAUGCCCUGUGUAGGUUUCAGUUGAUUACUAACUCUGCAGGUAAUUCGUAGGGUUUCUGUCUCUAGCCUUCUUGAAAGGAGAGAAAUGGCAAUGCAUGCUGCCUUCAGAACAAAGAUGAUCCACUUUCUUGCAAGGGGAGGGCAAAGAGAGCGAGUCAGUCCCUCUUCUGCCUCCAGGAUGGAAUGCUGUCUAGCAGAGAAUGUAUCCAAGCUGGCUGAACUUGAUCCUUUCUAUCUCUUCUCCCCACUGUCUAUCUUACAGGGAGAGGAAUCGAAACAAAGGCAGGCACUAGCUUUGUUGUGUUUGCCCAGCUGGUCAAAUGCAGCUGAGCUAGUUUUCACUCAUCUUUUUAUGUCUUAUCUUUUUUUGCUGAGGAGAGGAAAAGACGGUGGUUAGUCCAGCCAACGUAUUGGGCUUGUCUGACCCAGAAAACUGGUGUAACUAGCUAGCUGCUGCUCUUUGUGGCAAGGAGGAAUUUUAAAACACAAUUAUGGGUUAAAGUCUUUGUAUCAAUGUCAUGUAGGUGGGCCAAGGCCUGAAGUUCUUUAGCCCUCCCAGACUUAAAGCAUUAGUUCUAAAUCAGGAAGGAAAAAGAGAACAGCUGUCUUUCGUGAAGAAACAGCCAGUGCUACUGGCAGUUGUCCUUCGUGGUUCCUUCUUGCUUGAGUUGGGGAGGGGUGUGAUAUUAUCUCUCUUCUGUCGUCUGAAAGUAGAGGUGGGAGGAAUACUGAGAUGGAGCAGGAAAGACUCAGAAAAGUGAAUCAAAAUGGGUUACCUCCUAAGCCCUUGAAUAUUUAAGGCUGCCACAUAUUAGCUGAUUACGUGAUCUUGUGGUGUAUUUGUUCAUAAGUUGAUAUUUAAAUAUUCAGACAUGUAUAUAAGUGCUGUGAACACCAUUAGUGACUUGGCUUUGUUUUUAUGUUACUGAGACUGGUGCAUGUGGGAGAAUUGCUCCCUAUUGCUCUAACUUUAAACUUACAUCUCUUUCUUUACAGUUUUGACUAGUGAAACAACAUUCUUUUAACAUUGUUGGGUGACCUUGUUUCUGUUCAGCUCCUGCAAAAUGAUUAAAUUUUGCACCUUUCAGCAAUCUAAAAUGCAAUUUUUAUGGCUUGGUGGAAUGCAACCUUUGGAUAAAACGUUGCUUUUGCAUGGAAGCUGUGUGUCACAGAGGCGCCACUCUUUUUCCUGCCUAACUCCCAUUUGCUUGGUGCUUUGUAUAUUUCACUGUACUACUAAUACUUUGAUAAUACUAUAAUGUAAUUGGGAUUAAAAAGGUGUUCCACUGAAAAGAGAUGUUACUGAUAGACUUUUUUAAAUGUACAAAAUACUUUCAUUCAGGCAACGUGUUGUUUUCUUUUAUAAGCAUUUGCUGCUGUUAAAAGGUAAAUUAUAAUAUGAAGGGGGUGGUUUGCUAAAGCCCUACACCUUUCCUAUUCACUUAACAUGCAGCAGCCUUGUUAAACUUGUCUUCAAAAUGUUUCUGCCUGUCUUACGUUGCAUCUGCAACUGACAUGCAGGUUUUAUUUUGUCCCUUUUUACAGACUGGGCGUGUCUUCAGAGGAUGAAACCAAAGCCACUUCUGCUAUUUCUGCACCUCCUUCUGCUUCUCUUUUCUCUCCUUCCUAUCACUCUAAUAAAAACAACCCUUUUAUCUCUAAAUUUGAUCCAGAAGAGCAACCUCGGGACACUGAUAGGUUUGCUAGUGACAACAAUCCGUUCACUAUAAAAUGGGGACAGAAAUCCAAGCAAGAUACUUCUGCUGCUUCUGGAAAUGAAAAUAAACCAUUUGCUCCUAAAAGGGAACAAGAAACCCAGAUAGAGGAUUCUUCAAACUCUGCUAAGUCUCCCCUGCCUGUUCCUGCAACUUCUGUUCUUGAGUUGGAUCCUUCUGCUUUUCAGCUUUCUGAUAUUGAUAAUCCUCCCGUGUCUAAAGUAGGAGAGGACUCUGAAAGUUUUAACAGUCCUCCAGCAUCUUUCUCUACUUCCUCCUUAGCAGGAAACCUUGAUGAUUCCAAGCAUGUUCAUGUUGUGUCUUCAGAGAAGCCCCAAAAGGAAGGUUUAACUAAUCAGAUAGAUCCUGUAUCCACUUUUCCUGGAUCUCUAGCUGGCAGUCACCCUUCACGGUUUUAUGAUAGGGUUGGACUCAUCCUGAAGUCUCAGGGCGAUGACAAAGUGCACAUAGUGCCACCAUUUAAGGAAAACCGAGGGAGCAUAAAGAAGUCGGUAACCUUUGCCCUUGAGGAUGAAAAUGUGGGGAGUAGUGGCGACGAUGCUUCAGAUGGUGAAGAUUCAGUUGAGAGCUGGCAUGAUGAAAACAAGAUUUCAAUAAAUCCCACUGAAAGGAAUGAGGGGCGAAGCCCUGAACUAUAUGUAGAACAUUGUGCUGCACCUGAGCCCCGUAAUGGAAACGUACAAUCUCUUCAUAACAGUGAGGGUCCUUUGGAAAGACAGGCUGAAGCCGGGUUCUCAGUUAAAGUAGAGCCACCGGUUCCAACUCCGAGAAUUCUCGUGCCUUUGCCUAACAUGCCGAGGACUGUGUUGGGUAGCAGUUCUCUCUCUGAGCCCCCAAAGCCAGCACCAAGAAGUGCCCUAAAACAAAAAAAGAGUGUAUCUGUUUCUUGGAUGGAUGAAUCAGAAACAGAAAAUGGGUCAAGCUCUGCCUCUACAUAUAAAGAAUUUUCUGCAGAAAAUUCUUUCAUCUCUAGUGAAAAACUAACAAGCGAUAGCUCGUUAGCAACUUCAGUAUCCAAUAUACUUAGUUCUGGAAGAGAUGGUGGAGCCAUGGAUUCCUCUCAAAGUAUUAGUACCGAUCUCCCUCACUACGCAACAAGCACACAGCCUAGCAGUUUGAUCCCUGGAGAUCUGAAUGUAAAACCCACCACCCUUUCUGUUAUUCCAGAAGUGGGAUCAGAUGAUGAGCAGCUGAGUGAUUAUCCCCAGGGUACUGAAAAGAUUGCAGUUUCUGGAGAUUUGUCCAGGAGUAGAGAUGUUUCCUCAGAGUUACGGUCCUCCAUUGAGGGGGGAGAGCUGACAGCAAAUAAAAAGGCGACUGGUGAGAGGCAGACUGUAUCGCUUCUCAUGAAGACAAGUGCUCCUGGUGAUGGAUUUGAACUAAACAAACCAUUGGUUGCACCUUCAGCACGAGCCCUUGAAAAUGCAAGCCAUGAUGUAAAGGGAUUGGAGCAGAAGAAUGCUGACAGCGCAAAAGAAAAUAGACAGGGUGAUAGUCCUGAGUUCUCUGUUAAGCCUGUUCAUCUUUCCCCUCUGCCCAGUUCUUCUCACUCUAUUAGUUCUUUCCAAUCUGAUGCUUCUGGCUGUAAUAGAGCAGAGCCUACGAAAAAAGCUACAGCAGAGGGCUUGGGUACCAAAGUGGAUCCCUCUGGCAAGAAGAAGCUGCUCCAGGCAUGGGUUUCACCCUCUGAAACACAUCCCAAUCAGAAUCUGCAGAGUGACGGAACUUAUCCUGCUAAGCUCAGGUGAGAGGAAUUGGGAGGGGGGGGAGCAAAGAUAAAGGCCCAGGUGCUAUACUGUGCAUGGCUUUGAUUCUUCCCUCCCCUUUUUAACGCAGUAAGGGACUUUGUGUCCUAUGGACAGGUGAAAAUCUUUCCCUGUUGAUCUGUAUCUAUUUCUUGUAGCAAUGUCAAUGAAGGAAUAAAACUGAGCAAAGGUUUGUUUUGCUUAGGCAGUAAUCAGACUCUAUUUUCACAUUGCUGUGACAUGACAAUAAAGGUAUCAUAAACAGGAACCAGCACUUCAUAUUUUACCUCUAAUUUUACUUUAUUUUUUAAACCCACUGUCCUGUUAAAAUACUAAAUAUAGUUUUCAUGUUCUGCCAAAAUAAGUGAAAGCAGCAGUUGGAUAAAUGCUUAACUUUUUUUAAAAGCGGUGUUAGUUGUGAUCAUAAGUGCAAUGCAAUUUACUGCGGCACAGGUUUCGUGUUACCUAGAUUUCUGAAGUGUUCCACGGAUGUAAUUUAACUAAAAAAGAAAUCAGGGCAAACUUUUGCAAUAAACUUUGUUGAAAACUCUAUUUUUCACACUUGCUAAACAUCUGGGUAACUGCACAAAUAUCCAAGGAACCAACCAUAUUUUAUUGGGGGGGGGGGGAGGAACAGAUGUUUAGAACCAUCAAGAGCGUCAGACUAGGAUUUCACUCAGUGAUGGGCCAGUCUCUUAUCUCUAUGUCUAACCUACUUCAGCAGGGUGGUAGUGAGGAAAAUGGAGGGGGGGCAUGUAUUCAAAGUCCUUGAAGGGAUAUAAAUAAAUAAAUAGGUAAGUAAAACUUUUCAUUUGAGAGCUUCUUAAUCAGUCUUGAAGUGUAGAGAGGAGGGCAGAAUAAAUCUUCUGUUUUAACAUUAAAUAUAAAAUCUAAACUUGCACUAAUAGAGGUACGUAGAAGAGGAAAAUGUACUUUAUUCUUUUUAGAAGCCAAAGCAGGAACAUGUGUGCAUGCAGUGCUUCAUGCAAGACCAAAUGUAAAGGUACAGGGACCCCUGACCAUUAGGUCCAGUUGUGGUCGACUCUGGCCGAUCUCACUUUAUUGGCCAAGGGAGCCGGCGUACAGCUUCCAGGUCAUGUGGCCAGCAUAACUAAGCUGCUUCUGGCGAAACCAGAGCAGCGCACGGAAAUGCCGUUUACCUUCCCGCCAGAACGUUACCUAUUUACUUGCACUGCGUGCUUUCAAACUGCUAGGUUGACAGGAGCAGGGAGCGAGCACCGGGAGCUCACCCUGUCGCGGGGAUUCGACCGCAAACCUUCUGAUUGGCAAGUCCUAGGCUCUGUGGUUUAACCCACAGCACCACCCGUGUCCCUUCAGACCAAAAGUAGAACUGCACAAAAUUGUUCAGGUACAAAGUACUAUAGGAUUGCCUGAACUAAUUGUGUGUGCUUCUUUCAGACUUCAUCCUGUGAAACCAAUGCAUACUACAACAAGCAAAUCAUCUGCAAAAAACCAGAGCAUAACAUCAAAGAUCUUGGAUAACCAAAAUGAAGCCGACAUAAAGGUAAUUUAAGACAUACUAUAUUUUAAAACCUAAUUGGGUGGUCUGUGCCUUGAGUUAGGAAGCUUGUAAAUUUAUUGGCGGGAUUAGACAAACUGCAAAGGGGUAUAGUCAUUUGGAGACAGAAAUGUGUUCACGUUUUCUAGUUGUACGAUUCCCCCUGCCCAUGCUAUCCUACCCAUCUGGGCAAUUUUCUGACCCUUUUACUGACACAAGUUUAGAUCUGUGAGUGGGUAUGAAUUCCCCAGGCUCAAAACUUGCUAUCUUCACCAAAGGACUUUGGCCUGAAAGGGAUUUUUGUUUUCAGAUAAGCAAGGUUUAGUGAUUUAGUGCCUCCAACUAAUAUUGCAAAUGAUCUGUUUGGUGUUUGAGCACAAAACCUGAAUUAUUAUCACUUAACUGAAACAACCACUACUGCUGCUGCUUUGUAUUUAUUUAGUACUUUUUGCAUGUUAUGAGGAGGGUCUUAUCUUCACUUUUCCAUGUUUAUUACUGGGAAGAAAUAGUUGAAGGCAGGUGUACAGAAACCUUGUAUGCACAUUUGUUUGCAUGCCAUAAAAGUACUUACUGGCAAAUCCUGAAAUUCUAGUUUUUGGUGAAUCUUCAGUAGCUUUUAAGAUGCUUUGACAGAUGACCUCUUUGCUCUGAAAUCAUUCCUGGGAUUCCCCAGUAAUCCCUGAAACCAAAGGUUUCUAUACCUUCCUUCUGAUCCUUUGACGCCACCCUUGCAACAGUGCUUGAUAUCAAAAUGACUUUAACCUGUUCAUUCUUCCUUCCUAAAGAAAUAUGAUCCUUCAGAUCCCGCCUAUGCUUAUGGUCAGCUGACACACAGCGAGCUGAUCCAGCUGGUCUUGAAGCAGAAAGAUGUGAUUGCAAAGCGAGAUCAGCAGGUGCGGGAGCUGGAAGACUACAUUGAUAACUUGCUUGUCAGAGUUAUGGAGGAAACCCCUAACAUUCUUCGAGCUCAAGCUCACGUGAAUAAGAAAGCUGGAAAGAUGUGAAAGAACCAAUUUCACCUAAUCAGUGGCUUUCUUACUCAAACUUUGGAAGUAGUGAAUGUGGAAAAGCUGCUUGUACCGAAACAGAUUAUUAUUUACUUGUCUUAGGAUAGAGUUGACUUACCUUGAAGACUGCCUUACAUAAUCUACAAAGUCAAUAGUGUUAAAAAAACACAUUUUACCUUUUAGUACACUGUACAUGUUUUGCUGCUCCGCAGGUGAAAGGCCUGAAAUUAUGGGACUGUGGAAGGAGUUGUGAGCCAGAUUUUAUCUGUGAAUAAGCUCCAAGGGGCACAUUUUUAAGGGUUUAGUCAAAAAAUGAACACUUCUCUGUAGUUUUUCAACUCCUGAUUUCUUGACUCUUUUAGGAUAUUAAGUUUUAGUGCAAUAUAAGCAAUCAUAUUUACAUUAGAUAUACUGGAUGAAUAAAUAUUUAUGAAGUACCUUGUUUGGAUUUGAGUUCCUGGGAAAUAAGCACUUCCACCUGAAAGCUGGUUGCCUCUCUGCAUACAAGCAGCCCAGUCCAUUAGGAAUUUCUGUUGUUCUAGCUCCACUGAAUCAGUAAUUAUUAAGAAAACAGCUCAUUCAUUUGGGUGGGGCUUAAGCUGUGCAGGUUUCCUGCCAAUUGUGCAAAAUUGCCUGCAUUUGCCUUUGGGAAGUGAGGAAGAUCCAUAGUUAAGAAAUAAAAAGUGAUGGUGCUUGUGCGAGCAAACCCUGCUGGAGUGCCGUGAUACCACUAUCAAAAUGAAAUGUCAUUUGAGUAAGAGGAGGUUAGCUUCUAAGCACUAAACUGACUUCCGUGUCUUAUGGUAGUCAGUACAGGACGUAUUAAACUUUUGAAAGCAAUACUGAUUUAAACUAAUUGCCAGAAGCGGCAGUCUGGCUGGCUUGCUUCAUUGCAGCUGGUUGCUUUAAGUACAGUUAGACGAGAGGGGCAGUCCCCCUGUAUUUCCUCAUAGGUGUUAAAAUGCUCAAACCUGUGGGUUUUCAGUAGCUGACUUUGGAGGUACACAUUAAUCCCUCGUCAUUGAAAUUUUUACUUUUAAUAUGUUUGUUCCAUAGAAGCAUCUUUAUUCUUAUUUCACAGAUUUGAUUACUUUUCUUUCGUUCUUAACUUUACUUUUGAAUUGCUGAUCUUUCCCUUUUGUCUUUGGGUAUGUUACCCCUCUGUUCAGAAGUCUGCUUAGAUCUUUAUUUUUUAAUACAGGAAAGCCAUCUGAGUAUAUUGAAUCAAAGAGACUGAACAAAUUUCUCUGAUUCAAUAAUCCCAGGUGUCUUUCCAUUUGUGAAUACUUUCGAUUGUAAAAGUUUCAUUUUUGACCAGUUCCUCAACAUGCUGAUAAAGAAGUUUUUCUUAUUAUUAUUAUGAAAGGGUUGAAAUGCAGAUAAAAACACAUUUCUACGGUCAGCUAAAGUACGUAGCUUCCCUCUGUUUUCCCAAGUUUUUUGUGUAAUACUUCUUUCCACAUCUUUUCUGUUUCAGAAAUUCCUGAUUAGAGAACGUUGAUCUUAUCUUGUUUAUGCCCAGUUUCUUUAUUAUAUGUUUCGUUCCUUUGCAGUUCCAAAUGUCUCUGCUCUACCUUUGAGCAGCUUUUGAAUGUAUUGCCUUGUAGCUCAAACCAACUAGGAGGAAUAAGUAGGGCAGGCAUAGGGAAUCUGGCCCUCCCAAUGUGCAUGGACUCGACUCCCAUCCUCCUCAAGGAUGGCCAUUGGGAGCCCAGAGGUAUCUGGAUGACCACAUGUUUCUCAACGCUAUAAGAGAGGCUUAGCACAAAGCGGUAUGUGUGCAGUGUCUCGCUGUGCCUGUUUUGGUUCCAGUUUCUCUAUCUGUAUGAACAGUUUCUGUAGUCAGACGACACUUUCCUCAGUUACAAAAGAUUCUGUUUAUGCUGCUGCAUAAAUUGCUGGAAGAUGUGAAUAGUCAGAAUUACUGCAAUAUGAUUUCUGUUGCAGACUAAAAAAACUGGAGACUUUUUCUGAUUUUAUGGUUUUUUAUGGAUUUUUGUCCUGGGUUGAAGAUUGAAUUCUUAAUUUCAGUAUCUCCAUCUGCCCUUUAAUUUAAAAGGUAACUUUACAUUGUGGUCCCUUACUCUGGAUGGGGCACUUGCCCAGUAUAUGAGUUUAAAGUUUCCAAAGGAUUAACUUUUGUAGGUUCCCUAAUAAAACAAUACAUCCACCAUCACUAGGCAUUUGGGGUGAAAUCCAUAUUGACCAUUGUAUGGGAAACUGAACUAUUUGAAGAUAGCAACUAUAAGGUAGAGCAUGGCUUUUUGCAAGCUGAAGCUUGUAUAUGCACUUUUGGCUUCCAGUCAGAUCAACUGUGAUUAAAAAUAUAUAUUGUUGAAAAUCUGAGCUACAAAUGCAGGCAACCAAACAGCAAUCAAAGUGAUGUCUGAAGACGUGGACCGAUUAAUUUUCAUGCUUUUGACUGUAGCCAUUCUUCAUUUUCUGCCUAUGCACUUUCAAGAGGGAUGAGCUUGGCACUGAAUAUCUCUUCAGCCCUCCCUUUGUAUUCAGUCACAACACUGGAUUAUAGACUUCUCAGGUAAUCAAAGAGGGGUUGAUUCUAAGCAAGUCAUACAUGGGAGUAGACCUCUUGUAAUCAAUGACUAAUGACUGUUGAUUGUUGUGGGCCUGCUCUUAGUAUGACAUGAUCGGAUAUCACCCAUAGAUCUUGACGUUUCCUGAAUGGUGCACUCUUAAUUGCUCAUGAUACUGUACUAUCUCAUUUGCAAACACCAAAGAAUAGGAACAGCUAAGUGGUUCCUCUAGUUUAUUCCUCAUUUGACACGGCAAUAUUUAUGCAAUGAGAGCCCUAAGUACAUAGUUUGGAGGUUGGUAGAAAAAUUUAAUACUGUAAGGUUUGAAUAUAAGACUUGGACUGUGAGCUUGGACUCCAUGUUCCUGUUGCCCUACAGGAAGUGUGGUGCUUGUUGAAUAGAUUUCUCUAUCUUCUUGCAUAGUGCCAAUUCUCUUGAUGAAAUCCUCUGGCUGAUGCUGUCACCUUGCCUCAACUAGGUCAAUGAAUUCAGGUGAUUGAAAGAGGAGGAACUGUUGUCUACCGUAUCUAAAAUGUCCAGGGCCUGUGGUGUUUUCACAUAUCUGUGGCUCCAUAAUAGCUGAACCAUAAAGUCUGUAAAGGCAAACUUCUUGCGUGUAAAACCAGCAUCUAGAUGUUUGGGCAUCUUUUGUAAGCUAGUAUAUCUCAUUUAAAUGAACCAAAUUGCUUUUUAAAAACUUUAUUUUAAGAGGCUUAAUGUCUCUUUGCUCCUGCUGGAGCCGUAAGCACACAGGAUCAUGCUUUUGGGAACAAGUAUUUUAUUGAAAUACAGUUUUACUGUGUACUAGAAAAUGUUUAUUCCUGAUGGUUAUAUGGUCCCAAAGUACAGUGGACAUUUGUGUUUAAUACAUAUUCAGUAGGAAUGGAUCUAGUAACAAAUAGUGUUGACCGUUUUAAUAGAAAUAGUACAGGACCAGCUUCCAGCAGAUUGUGAAAAUCUUCUAGUUUAUAACCUGACCUAAAAUUUCCAGAGACCACAGGGCUGUAGCUGGCAACACAAUGUGCCACAUGCAAGAGGGAGUAUUCUCACUGGGCCCAAAUCUGCUGACCAUUCUUCAUAUAAAGGUCUGCUCAGUUGUAUACAUUAUGAUGAAAUUUGGGCAAUACACAGCAAGGAUAGCUUGCAUUCUGUGCCUUCUAAUUGGUAUCUGUGACUUACGCAAUCCUGACAUCGAAAUGCUGAAUUUUGUGAAAAGUGUGGUACACUGUGAGGGAUAUUUCCCCUUGUGCAAACAUUUGCUCAGUGCUUAAUGUUGAAGGAUCUGAAUGUAUAUUUAUAUUCUGCCUUGUUACUCUUGGUACUUAAUUCCAUUGGGUUUUUGGUUUUUUUACGAAGACCUUCAUCCUUGUGAAAUGUUAAAAAUAAAGUUAUUUAAACUUGUGAGAA